ACCUUUCGCCGCGGCGGAGCCCGGAUGAGUUUGCAAGAAUGUCGUCUUGAAGGGAGGGCACCAGGUGAAGAAGUCACCAGGAAGUGAUGCCUGUUGAAAGUGGAAGCAGUGCAGCUGCACGGCAGGUGAAACAAAAACGAAAAGCUCACACAAUCUCCAUCAGAAGAACAAACAGCUCUGAGCAGGAACGUGUCACAUCACAACGCGAAAUGCUAGAAGGACAGGGAGCGAUGAUGUCGGCUGUCUGUGAGGAAGUCUGUGGGCAGUCAGUGGAGGAUUCAAAAUUGCCACCAACAAUUCGGCAAACAUUGCUGGAACUAUUUGGACAGAUUGAGCGAGAAUUUGAAAAUUUGUACAUUGAAAAUAUUGAAUUGCGAAGAGAAAUUGAAACCUUGAAUGAUCGUUUAACUGCUGAAGGCCAGACAGUGGAUGGAGGAGAUUUGAGCAAAGGACAGUUGAAGGCAAAAGCCAGUCACAGCACCAGCCAGUUAUCUCAAAAACUGAAAACAACUUACAAGGCCUCUACUAGCAAGAUUGUAUCAAGUUUUAAGACGACAACUUCUAGGGCGGUCUGCCAGCUGGUGAAAGAAUAUAUUGGACACAGGGAUGGAAUUUGGGAUGUCAGUGUUACACGUUUACAGCCUGUGGUGCUGGGCACAGCAUCAGCUGAUCACAGUGCCAUGUUGUGGAGUAUUGAGACAGGAAAGUGCCUCUUGAAAUAUGUGGGUCAUGCAGGGUCAGUAAAUUCAAUCAAGUUCCAUCCUUCAGAACAGGUAGCGCUCACAGCAUCAGGGGAUCAGACAGCUCAUAUCUGGCGAUACAUAGUGCAACUGCCCACCCCACAGCCUGUAAUAGACACAAAUCAAAUGUCUGGGGAGGAGGAAGUUGAUUUCUCGGACAAAGACGAAGCAGAUGGAGAUGUUGAGGGUCCCAGUGAAAGCCCAACAAUCAGAGUUCCGUCAACUACACUCAAGAGUCAUCAGGGUGUGGUCAUAGCAGCUGACUGGUUAGUUGGAGGCAAACAGGUGGUCACUGCAUCCUGGGAUAGAACUGCAAACCUGUAUGACGUGGAGACUUCAGAGCUGGUGCAUUCUCUGACAGGACAUGACCAAGAGUUGACUCAUUGCUGUACUCACCCCACUCAGCGCCUUGUAGUAACGUCAUCACGUGACACCACUUUUCGUCUCUGGGAUUUUCGAGACCCUUCAAUCCACUCGGUGAAUGUAUUUCAGGGUCACACUGAUACUGUAACAUCUGCUGUCUUUACUGUGGGGGAUAAUGUUGUAUCCGGCAGUGAUGACAGAACUGUGAAAGUCUGGGAUCUAAAGAACAUGCGAUCUCCUAUAGCAACGAUUCGUACUGACUCAGCAGUCAACAGGAUAAGUGUUUCUGUUAGUCAGAGAAUUAUAGCGCUUCCUCACGACAAUCGUCAGGUUCGACUGUUCGACAUGUCGGGAGUACGUUUAGCCCGUCUUCCCCGCAGUAAUCGACAGGGUCAUCGGCGUAUGGUGUGCUGCACAGCCUGGAGUGAGGACAAUCCCAUAUGCAACCUCUUUUCUUGUGGUUUUGAUCGUCAAGCCAUUGGUUGGAAUAUCAAUAUCCCUGCACUUUUGCAAGAAAAAUAAGAUACCAUCAAGUGUUUCAGAAAAGACUUUAAAGACCUCCAAUCUUUAUAUGCUUAUUAUGUUUCUAUUGCUGUUAAUGCUGUGAGUCUUCCAGCUAAGAGAGCAUGGUGUGUUUGGUGUUAAAUGGCUUGACAUGCAUAAUCUGCAUGUAUUGCCUAUGAAACUGUGUUUGGUUAAUAAACCAAUCUUGUGUGUAACCAUGCAUUUAUUAUAAAUAUUUCUUUUGUUUGUAAUUUAUGUGACCAUUGGUCGUUGGAACUAGUUGACCUUCUCACAGCAAACCUCUAAAUAAUUUCACUGACGUUAUAGCUGGAUUCUGUAGCAGUGUGAGCAAGGCAUUUUUUUUAAAAUAUGAGGCUCUGCUAAGUGUAAAUUAUGUGCAAGUUAUAGUUGUGUUUGUUGUUACUGAAAAUCAUACAUAUUUGCCUUGUGGCCUUCUGGAAAAAUGCAAGGUUAGUAUAUCGCAAUUUUGACACAACUUCACAUUCAAACGUGUUGUUCUUUAGUAGUCUCUUUACAUACAGUAAGUAUCUGACAAUCAGUUUAUUGCCAUGCAUUUGUGCGAUUAUGUAUUAAAUUCAUUCUCUAAUUUCAUCAGUGCCUGGAAUUAGAAAAAUAACUGUUCAGCUGUCAUAUGAGUUGAUAAUAGUGUACAAUCGAUGGAUUUGUAACUUAAUGUGAUGUAGAUAAUCAUGUGAUGACCUUUAUGGUUAGACCCCUUUAUGUAUUUUGUCAAAGUGCACACUAAUAUAGAAAGAAUGGUGUUGAUUUUUUUUUUUGUAAGUAGUUUAUUCUGAACUUUGUGACUUAAACUGAUAAAUCCACAGACAGCUCCCUACCUCCAGCCUAAUUCUAUAGGAAUGGGGAAAUAAGGUUAAUGAUAUAGUGAUGUCAGGAUGCUUCAUAAGAAUCAGUAAAGUGAAAAAGAAUAAUUCUGUUUAUGAAUACUGUAUAGAAUAUAAAAGCUAACUUUAGGGGUAUGUGCAGAUCACAUCUUCUAGUGUUACUUACAAUGACUAGGACAUUUGAACACAAGUACAGGUUAAAUUUCAAGUUUAAAUCAUUUAGAAACAAAUAUCUUGCAGGUUUAACAUAUUUGCAUGUUUUUUUUUACAGUCAAGCACAAUAAUACUCAGUUUUAAGUGAUUUUAAACUACAGCCUUUAAAGAGACCAAAUAUUACAGUGCUAUCCUCUGCCUGGCUUGCAAUCCAGUUUCAUUAACCUUCAUUGGUACCAAGAGUAACUUGGAAUAAUCAGGUAUGGAUUUAAUUAUAAUUAGUUUUCUUUGAUUAAACCCAAAGAUUAGUGUUAUACAAAGCUCCAAUCAAUUAACUGCCUAAUUCUGUCCAAAUCUGCCAUUGCACAAUAUUCAUGAUCUAUGCUUUGACUGAAGUUGGCUUUAGAGCACUUAAUGGUUGUCCAUUGUCACAGGCUGAGCUUAUAGUGCAUUUACAUUAAUGCAGGAGAUGUUUUUAUUUCCAGAAAUUGGACAGUACUAUUUGAGUGGUUUGGAUUUGAUAUCUGCCAAUGAAUGGUUGAUUUUUAAUUCACAAUCCAUACAUCGAACUUCUUGAUGAAUAGAUGCAGUAGUGGUAUGCCAAGUUUGAUUAUGAUGACAUUACAACACAAGGCACUUUACAAGUAGAGCUCUGGGUAUUUUAUUGUUUAAGCAGCAGAUUGUUUUGGCAUAAACUGUAGAGCAUCCUAAAUAAGCAUCAUUGCUGUUCAGGCUUCUUAAUAGACGUUUUUGUUUGCUUGUCCUUAAUUUACUGGGUUCCUUUCGAAUUACGUGGCAACUCUGUAAAAAUGUAGUUAUUCUUUUCAUUAAAGAACUAAAUAAGCAUAUUAUAAAUCACAUUUUAAUGCUGUGGGACAACUGUUUCAAAUGCAGCACAGAAGUGUGACAACAGCUUAUAAGCAAGUGGAAUGUAUCCAGAGAUGACCAUAUCAUUAUUCAUGAGCAGUUAUAAAAGCUGCCAAGGGUAUUUCUAUGGCAGAAAACAGAUUUGUUGCAAUAAAUUGCUGAAUCAGACAAUGAAUGAAGUUUCUGAAUUGCGUUGAUCCAUUUGGAUUAUUGUGGGUUGCUCAUUUUUGUAAAGUUUGUUCAAAAUGCAAUAUAGGGAUUGCUGGGGAAAGUUGUCUUUAGUAAAAUAAAAACUGGUGCAUUACAUCUGUUUAGGAAAAAAAAACAUUGUAUACAUUUCAUGCACCACAUAGUGAUUUUGCACGUCUGUAUUUAAAUUUGAAACAACUGUGCGAAAUUAAAGGUGAAACACAAUGGA